ACUGAUAACAAAUCUAUUGAUAAUUUUUUUGUUGACUUUGUGAGAACAUAGUGAUUAUUGUUCUAUGAAUUAUGUGUGUGUGAAGUGAUGUGUUGUUCAGACUAAAUUAAGUCAUAAACUUUGUGUUUUGGUAUAACUAGUAAAAGUAUGAGAUGUUGCUGUCAACUCGGUCCAUGGAAACGUUAUGCCAUGAAGCACACCUCGUUAAAUACGAAAAAUGCUAGCGAUCCCCGCAAAGUGUGAAACCGACACAUGAAUGACGUAAAAGACAGCUAUGCAAGAGAUUUGCAACUCAGCCGCACUGCCGCUCGACAGUAACCCUCUAGUGCGCAAGAUAAAAUGCGAAGACUUCCCCGUGAGGGCAAAGCCUACGAGAGUUGGCAUGGGGGUGCGCGAUGAAAUGGACGAGGAAUUUGCAGUAAAGGCAAGGAACACGCCACCAAUGGGGCCUGCGCAGGACCAUCGCAUGGAGCAUGGGGGGAACGGCUUCUGGCUUGCGGCCGUUACAGCUGCAGGAGCACCCCACCCUAUGCUGGAAACAGAGACUGGCUUCAUUAACAGCCAACCGUCGAUGGCUGAGUUCAUGACUGCUCUUCCACAACUGGGUGGUGGAGAACUAAGUCCGCAGCACACACCUCCUGGAUACGGUCCGGACUUGCCGUCCCCGGGUGGUGGUCUCAACGUACCCGAGUAUCCCUGGAUGAAGGAGAAAAAAACUACCAGAAAAAACAGUCAACAAGAAAAUGGACUACCCCGAAGGCUACGCACAGCAUAUACAAACACACAACUUUUAGAACUAGAAAAAGAGUUUCACUUCAAUAAAUACCUAUGCAGGCCGAGAAGAAUUGAAAUAGCUGCUUCCCUUGACCUAACAGAGAGACAGGUCAAGGUAUGGUUUCAAAACAGGCGCAUGAAACAUAAAAGACAAACAUUAAGUAAAAGUGAAGAUGGCGAUGACAAGGACUCAACUACCUCUGAGGGAGGCAAGAGCAAAACGGGCAUGGAAAAGUUUACAGAUGAUGAUGGCCCUCUAUCUGGUAAGAAGAGCUGCCAGGGUUGUGAACUUCCUCCCGGCGCAUUACUGUCUCCUGCUGAGGACAUACCCGAGCUAACAUCACGCACAAGAAAUAAUAACACGCCAAGUGCUACCAAUAACAACAGUUUUGCAAGCGACGGUGCUUCGAGUGUAGCAUCUUCUUCAUCUCUGGACAAACUAGCCGAAGAAGAUUCAAGAGAUUCACAUCCUCCUAAUGUCUCAACAGUCCCUAGAAAUUUAGCAAAGAGAAUAAAACAGGAAUCACGAAAACGAUCCCCAUCUCUGGACGCCGUUGGUUGCAAAAUAUCUCCAUCUUCCUCUAAAGAUGGGCUGAUUGGCAUGGCGGGCCUGACAGAUGGUGGAAAGUUUUCAUCUGUGAACCUGACACCAUCAUCAACACCCGGCACACCGUCUAGUAUGCAUCAAAGUCCCCUUGGACACUAUCCAAGACCUUCGCCACCAAACGUUCCACCCGGACCUCCUCACCAAUCGGUUCCAAAUGCUCUUCCACCCUACGUAAUCAGAGGCAAUGCACCUCCAGGCCAGUUUCUACCACAUCCUGAUUUCCGUAUGGACAGCAAGCAAUUCGUAGGUAAAUUAACACAGUAUUCUCAAGGUAGUCGAUCAUACGAUAGCUAUGCAACAGCUUUACAAGGAAACGAACAACACCCAUACUCACGGAACAAUCAAAAUGCUAGACAAGACACCUCACCGACAUCGAGGCCUGCCAACGGAAUAUCGACAAAACAGGCUUACCCCCAUGAGAUAUAUCACAAUUAUGGAUAUUCUGGUUACAACAAAGAACAAGUUGGAUAUGGACAUCCAGGUUAUGAUCAAGCUCAAGCAUAUCCAAACGAACACAUGGCAUACGCCAAUAGCCAUUACGGAUAUCAUUACCAAGAAAGUAGUCCAAAUGACCAUACCCAUAGUUAUUAUGUCGGCGACGGACAGAAAGCACAUAGCAAUGAUUACAGUAAGAGUUCAUUUUACGACGCAGCUACUUAUCAAUCAGGAAGCCAAAGCAAUGGGACUGGUACAGGAUCAUACACAGGUAUCCAGGCUGGCGCAGAAGGAUACGCUGGUGCCAAUGAAUGUAACGAUAACUAUAGCUCCUUUCAACAGUUUUACGAGGCAUCCCAUGCCACUCCUGCGACAGGUGAUAAUUCUAACUCUUCAUCUGAUUUCCACUUUCUGAGCAACCUCGCCAACGAUUUUGGUCCAGAAUAUUACACUAUUUGAGAUAAGGACUUCGCCGAACAGGCGAGUAAUUUGUUUGUGUAACGCCUUUCGGAUUAAACAAUAUUGGACACAGUUAUUAAAUACCAAUGCAU